AUGAGCCUUGACUUUUCUAAUAUUUAUGAUAUUGUCAUCGACAAUAAUGUAACGAUAAAUGAUAAAAUCGGACUUCUAACGAGCUUCAAAGGGCAUAUUAAAAAAGAGUUAGUAAACAUCAAACUGAUAGAUAAAUACCUAAAUGCAUUGUUGUUCAUUCUAAACAACUACACAUAUAUAACUAACCCAAACGAAAGCGAUGCUAAUCCAGAAAAUAAUAAAUUGAUUAGUAUAUCCCAUUCUACACUUUGUUAUCUGAUCAAGCGAGUGGCCAUGCAAGCACCAACGCAUUUUGAUAAUUAUACUAUUUCGCGAUUAUUGUUUUAUUUAAUUCAUUCAGUACCUUAUGAGAAGAAAUUUUGGAUAAGUUCAACAAGGGCAAUUGAAGCAAUCUUUUUGGUUUCACCAAGUAUUUUAGAAAAUUCUUUGAAAAAUUUAUGCUUAAAUGAUUUCUCAAUAUUUAUAGACAAUGGAAUGAGUGAUGAUACAAUUAAUAUGUUGAUUAAGAAAAAUGAUAUGAAUAAAAAUAUCCUCGCAAUUGGAGAACUUGUUAAGACCGACGAAAAAAACAAUAGAAACCCACUGGAACGAAUAGAUGAUUUUAAUAGCGUUUUUAUCAAUAUUUUAAACAAUAUAGAUUAUAACGAUGAAAACUCACAUGCUUUUGCAAAUUUAGCUAUAGAAUUACUAAAAGACCUUUUAACUAAAUAUUAUAAUGCAGAUUACCUAUUAGAAUUUUCGAAUCAAAUUAAUGAUGAAAACAUUAAGAAGCAAUUUUUAACUAAAAAUAACAAGAACAUAUUUAAACCAACCAAUUCUCCUACAAAACUGCCCAACCCUAAUAACAGUUCAGAUCCAAGUUUAACUUUCGAUAUUAAAUCGGAGAUUGAUAGAAUUCUCAAUACUGAUUUAAAAUUAGUUACAACAUCAAAUAACAAUAAUGAGAAUUUAGAUUCGAAAAGUUUCCAUAAUUUUGACCAACUUCUCAAUGAAAUGGAAAACCUUCUUGUGCCAUUUUUAGAGAUAAAAGAAACUGAACAAAAUUGGAAAAUAAGACAAAAAAACAUUCACAAAUUUAGAGAAAUAUUAAAUGGUAAUAUUCCUAAGGAAUCUCCUGUAAAAUUUGUUUUGUUAUGUCGAGAUUUACAAUUCAUAGAAUGUAUAUCGAAAGCUGCAUUAUCAUUAAGAACUACGUUAACAUUAUCUGCAUACCAACUACUGAGAGAGUUUUGUGAAAUAUUAAAUAAUAACAUAGAUAUAACUGUUAUCGAGCAAAUUUUUAGCACUCUAAAAAUUUCUUUAUCAUCAACUAAGAAAAUAUCAUCACAAAAUGCAUUUUAUACUCUCAUAUUACUAGUUGUUAAUACAAGUUUUAACAACAAAUUAUUUCAAAAUUCAUAUACACUAAUGAGUGAGAAAAAUGUCUUACCAAGAAUGUGUUCUGCUGUAAUACUAAGGAUAUUUAUUAUGAAGUAUCCACCAGUAAGUUCCUCUACUAUAGAUACAUCAACGAAUAAACUAAGCGCAUUAACUAUAUAUAUAGAAGAAUGGUUAAAAAAAGGUAUCACUGACGCACAAACCUCGGUGAGAGAGCCUAUGAGAGUCACAUUCUGGUACUAUUAUAAGUGCUUUCCAUUAUCUGCCAAAAAAUUACUUCAAGGUUCUUUUUCAAACCAGUUAAGAAAAGCAAUAGAACUUUCAAUUCCACAACAUUUGGAAGUAGACUACCAACUUACCUCCACAAUAUCAUCUAUAAAUUCAUCAAGAAGAUCUAGCUUGAUUGGUUCCUCACUGAACAGAAGAUUUCCAAAUUAUGCACAACCAACACACUCAUCACAACACUCGACUAUUAGGUCAACGAGUGAGACAACUUACAAUGAAAACCAGAAAGGUAACCUUUUGAUGAAAGGUAUUUAUUUGGGGAAAAAUACAAAUAGACAUCUAUCGGAUAAUAUACAGAAAACUGAAUUAUUAAAUACAAGAAAAUCAAGUGCUCCAUCCUCAUUACCUAUCCAGACACACAAUGAAAUUUUGAAAGGAAAUAAUGACAUAGAUGCUUCCAUGGAUUCAUUAAAUACAACCAAUAAUGGUACUGCCCAAUUGGAUAUAACUGGUGAUUUAACAAAUAAUCAUUCACAUACUCUACUUAAAAAGUAUCUCGAGAUCAACCAAAAUAAUAAGGACUAUUCAAUAACAAAAGGUGGUGCCAAAUCAAAGAACGAAAAUAGUACAUUGAAUUUCGAUAAUAACUCUAAAAAAUUAUUACAUUUAGCUGAAAAUUGUAACACUUUAAAAGACACCAAAGAACUACUACAUUUUUUACAGGAUAUGCUUAUUAGGAAUAACGAGUUCGAGUUUUUUGACAUUAUCAGCUAUUUAAGAGUGGCCAUGAUAAGAUUUCCAAAAGAAUUUAGAGAAUUAAUUAAUAUUUCAAAAUUUUACCAAUCUAUACCACUUCAAUAUACCAUUGAUUUAUAUGCAAUAAAUUCACUUGACGUUACUGAUUUGAUUUCGAAAUUUGACCUUAAUGAACUGUUAGAAACUAUUUCUAACUUAUUAAAUACAUUGGUUAACAAUGAUGGAACCGAAUUAUCUCCAGAGGGUAGCUUAUAUUACAUGAAGUAUAGACAGUCCAUUUUCAAUUUUUGUUUGGCAACGAUAAAUGAGAUACUACAAAAGGCGAACAUAAAUAAAAUUGAAAAUAUGGUGUUACGUAAUCUGAUUAAGAAGUUAACUGAUAUUUGCGGUGGAGAUUUCGAUGAAAGUUUAUACUACGAAACUUUGUUUAAAAUAUAUACGCGGGAAAAGUUUAUUUUUGUCCAAGUUCUUCGAAGUUUAAAUCUAGUUUCAACUAAGUUAAAAAUAUUUCACGAAAUUGAACAUAGAGAUCCCAGCUUUACAAUAGAUGAGAUUUUAGCAAAUGAUAAGAAACAAUCAAGUCAACAAGACGCUCAACAAAGUGAACAUACAGAGAAUUUAGAUCCUAUGUAUAUGGAAAUGACAAUGGUGAAUCCAUUUGGCCAGAAAAGAAUGAUCAGUGACAGUAGUGUUUUGCAUCAUGGAAGAGAUCAAUUUGAUACUUAUAAUAACCAAAAUGAAUUGAACGAGAUUGAAUUAGGUCCGCACACACGAAAAUUGACUGACAUGACAAAAGUUAUUAGUAUAUAUCAAACUGCUUCUCAAGAUGAUAAUAUCAAUGACAUGGAAAUUGAUGGUGAUGGAGACGGAGAUGUCAAUUUAAAUAAUCAUGAAUCUGAAACGAAUGUUAAUUUGAGUGACAUAUUUCGUAAUCAAGAAAAAGAGAAUACCGUCAAAUUUAGUACCGAUCCGCCUAAAAUUAUAAAUAAUUCUUCAGCAGGUUCAAAUAUAAAUAGAGAAUCUGACAAUGAUAUUGAUUUGCUGUCGGAUCAAAAUUUUACUAAUAAUGACAAUGUAAAUACGGAGCCUUCAUUCGGCCAGCCGUUACCGCCAUCUACCGACUAUACUCUAAGCAAUCCCGUUGAUGUGGUUAAAUCGCCAUCAUUAAUAGAUGAAUUAUCUCAAAACACUCUUUCAUACCAUAUUCUAUCUAAGUUCAUCAUAUUCAGUAAAACUAACGUUGCUGGGAGUUUCCAAGAUAUGAUUAAAGCUAUGGAUAGGAUAAAUAGUAAAUCGUUUUCAUUAGUGCAUUUAGAUAAAAUACUAUCAUUCCUCGUUAUUUCAAGUAAUCAACUUGAAUUUAUGGAUUGGUUAAUGUCUGAAAAUGGCUAUUUGAAAUUAUUGAAUAUUUGCGAUAUUCUUUUACAGUCGGCCGAUAUUGCACAAUCAAUUCCAGAAAAUAUAGUUUCAAGGACAUUACUGCUGGUAAAUUGUCUACUUCUGUUGAAGAAUAGAUAUAAUAUCCAGACAAUUAAUGCUGAUCAUUACAUUAACAUUUGGAAUUCGAUUGUUACUCUCACGGGGAAAAUAGAAGACUUUCAAAACGAGGUUUUCGUAUUUUCUGAAGAGACAAUAAGUUCCUUUUAUGAAGCUAAUUUAAUUACGAGCAAGGUUAUUCUCAAAAUUUUGAGUUUGUUAGCCACUAGCACCUCAGAGUCUACUUAUAUUUCAAUGAACUGUUUUUUACUAAAAACACUAGCAUUAUUGACUUCGUAUCCUAAAAUAUCACUAACUGAGUCCAACUACCUAGAAAUAGUUGAGAUAAUGUCCAUAUAUACCCAUGAUAAUAGAACCGAAUUACGUUUUGAAAGUUUUAGAGUUUUAUCAAACAUAUACCAUCACAUUCAAUCUGAAAAUUCUGAAAUAAAUAAUCCUAUGACACUAUUUGCAAAAAUAGACAGCAAAUCAAUGAAAAUAAUACAAAAGAUGUUAUCUGAAGGUCUUGCUUAA